CGCUGCGCAGUUCGAUACCGUGCGCUGUGCCCAUCCGGGGGGGCGCAAGCGAGAAAACCUAACCUCAAAUGUGCUGUGCGCUCCUGUGUGCGUGCCUGUGCUUUGCUCUUACGUUAUGAUAAGACUCCGCGGUGUUUUGACUACGAUUUGCCGUGCAGCGGCCCGAUAGCGUCGCGACUUUUGCCCAUCGCACACACAGUCUUCAAGCUGGACCUCAUACGCUCGCUCACCUCCCUUCUCUCCUUAUUCAGGCCGAACGCCAUGUUUCCUGCUGUCAUGUUUGUUUAUGCUUUUUUCAGUGACGACGAGCCAUCCGAUUACUAUCCUCCAAAUAAUCAAGGACCUAAAGACGCUAACGUCAUUGCCAAUAGAAGUGUACUCGAAAAAAGCGAUAUUAGCCUGCUAACAAGACAAGCCUGCGGCUUGAACUAUAACGAUGACUUAUUGACACCAUCAGUGCCACCUUUGAUUGAGCGUCGCGAGCAAGGACCGAAUUUCACGUGUGGGCAAAGAUGCAAUAUAGCCGGCAACUUUUUGCCAAAUCAUAUGCAAAGAAUAGCUAAGUACAACAACAAGCCAUUCUGCGGCACAUUCUCACAGGAUGGAAACUUUUUGCUCACUACCACGCAUGAUAGAGUUGUACGCUUGUAUAAAUGUAUAAAUGGCUGGUACAACGAGUACAAAAAGUUCUCCGUCUCGGCUGUUGGCUGGAGUAUUCUGGAUACUGCCUUUAGUCCCGAUGCUAAUUAUUUCGUUUACUCUAGUUGGUCUGAUUAUUUGUACAUGCAUUCAGUUUAUGGGGAUCCACAGCAUCGAGAACCUCUGUUGUUGAGCGCGGAGCAUCCAAUGUUCUGUGUCUUUUCAGUUGUAUUUUCCAGUGACGGUCGCGAAUUAUUCUGUGGCGGCAACGACGGAUGCCUCUAUAUCUACGAUCGAGGAUCUCAGCUAUGUUCAAAGGUUCGCGGGCACAAUCACGAUAUAAACAGCGUUGCGUUUGCCGACAGUUCAUCUCAAAUUUUAUACAGUGCCGGCGACGAUGGUUUUUGCAAAGUUUGGGAUAGGCGAUCAUUACACGAAGACAACCCACAGCCGGUUGGUGUUUUAGCAGGUCACUUGGGUGGAAUCACUUACGUUGAUCCUCGAGGCGAUGGAAGGCAUUUGAUAACCAACAGCAAAGAUCAAACUAUCAAACUGUGGGAUGCACGAGUCUUUUCGAGUAAAGAGGCUCAAGAUACUGCAUCGGCAUGCGUUAACAUUGCUAACAACUCAUGGGAUUAUAGAUGGCAGAAUGUACCAAAGAAAUUCUUAUAUCCGAGAAAACCAUUGGAAGGUGAUACGAGUGUAAUGACUUAUCGCGGACAUAUUGUAGUACAGACUUUGAUUCGAUGUCACUUUUCGCCAGCUGCAACCACUGGCCAGAGAUACAUUUAUACAGGUUGCGGUACUGGACGAAUUAUAAUUUAUGAUUUACUCACCGGGAAGAUUGCGAAAUCCUUGAAAGGACACAAAACAGUCGUUAGAGAUGUUAGCUGGCAUCCGUACAAUCCAGAAAUCGUCUCGACUUCGUGGGACGGUGAAAUUGCAAGGUGGCGAUACCUGAACGAAAACGACGUAGAUGAUUUAUCUGCUGCGACGAUGGAGAUGAUGUCUGACUCUGACGACGAAUCAUCAAUACCAGCAAGACGAACGCGCAGUCAGACUGCCAAGCGUUCGAAACGAGUAUGGUUCAGGAAUUUUCGUUAGAAAAUAUUAGAACAUCUUCAUAACUUUUCGAGAAUAAUACCACUCGACCCACUCGACGUUUUCUGAAAGAAGCAAAUAACAUUGUGAUAAAAGUUCGUGAAGAAUUACUUGUAAUAUAUACGCGUUAUGAAAACAUUGUACAUCACAUAAUUAAUUCGUAAGCGUUUGCUAUUUUUUUUGUUUAUUAUUGAUACAGUUCUUUCGCCGAGAUAGAAAAACUGUUAUUUAAGGUAUUAAUUAUUAUUCUCUAGCUAUAAUUUCAAAAGAAAUAACUACUUUUUUCACGAGCGAUUGUGAUAAAAAAAAUUAAUAAAAAAGAAAAAUGAUAUUUUUCGACUGCUUGUAAAAAAAAAUGUCAUCAUAGAUUAAAAGAAUAUAGUAUUUAGUGAAAUAAUAGUUGUUCACAUGGAAUAUUUGAGUCGCAGUAAUGCCGAUAUUAUGAAAUGCAAAAUAAAUGUACUUUCGUUAGAAUAAGUUUCGAUCGGUGCACAUUACGUAAAAAAAUGUAUCUUUUUAUAUAUAUAUAGUGUUUCGUGGGAAUUAUUCGCAUCGCGGUUGAUAUUCUGCGUGUUUUUUAUAGUUUCUUAGGGAUUCAAUGUAAAAAAUUACGUUAUCUGUCUUAUAAAGACACCAAAAUGGUGAAGAGAAUAAAG